UCGGACCGGUCCCAAAUACCAGACCGAUCAUUCGGUUCGGUAUGGCAAUAAUAAUGGUGAUGAAGUUGCAGCGGUGUUGUAUUGGGGAGGGGAAAUGAUAAAGUGGGGAGACCAGGGCGGCUCUCUCGAUUACUCCCACCCUCCAAUGGCUAUGUGUUUCUUGAGCCGCGGGAGUCGUCUCCGCGACCUCAGUUCCAAGGUCCAAGCGGCUAUGAGCGACGGAAAGAACGACGGAACCGGUGUCUCCUUGUUCGGGAGGUACCCGACGACUUUUCCGGGGGAGAAAGUGGUUUGGGUCGCCAUUCCGCUCACGGACAAUGGUUCCUAUCGUUGGUUUUUGGACGAAGCGGCUUCGCUUUCCAAGCCGCUUCAUGUCUAUGCCAUUCCGUCCGAGAAAAGAAUAAUUAUAGACGAUGGCAAGAAGAAGAAGAAGAAGAAGAAGAAGAGGAAGAAGAAAGAGCAUGCUUCAAUGGACAAUGCCUCCCUAGGGAAGAAGAAGAAACGAAGAGGGCUAGCUAUAGCCAUGAAGCCCAAAAAGUUGGAAAAGGCAUUCUUCAAAUAGAAUUAGAGAUAAUGUAAUGCAAAAAGUUGGGGUUAUACCAGAUUUGUAUCAUGACUAAUACAGUAGUAGGUGUAUC